GCUCCGGGCGCUAUAAGAGGGCGGUGACCGCGGCGCGCCCUGCGCGGAGCCGGGAGCGCGAUGGUUAGCCGCCGCGGAGCGGCAAGAUGCUGGAUGGGCUCCUGCUGGCGCGCUGGCUGGCCGCGGCCUUCGGGCUGACGCUGCUGCUCGCCACGCUGCGCCCUUCAGCCGCCUACUUCGGGCUGACCGGCAGUGAACCUCUGACCAUCCUUCCGCUCACGCUGGAACCCGAGGCGGCCGCCCAGGCGCACUACAAGGCCUGUGACCGGCUAAAGCUGGAGCGGAAGCAGCGGCGCAUGUGCCGCAGGGACCCAGGCGUAGCCGAGACACUGGUGGAGGCCGUCAGUAUGAGCGCACUUGAGUGCCAGUUCCAAUUCCGCUUUGAGCGUUGGAACUGCACGUUGGAGGGCCGCUACCGGGCCAGCCUGCUCAAGCGAGGCUUCAAGGAGACUGCCUUCCUCUACGCCAUCUCUUCAGCUGGCCUGACGCAUGCACUGGCCAAGGCGUGCAGCGCCGGGCGCAUGGAGCGCUGCACGUGUGACGAGGCACCCGACCUGGAGAACCGCGAGGCCUGGCAGUGGGGAGGCUGUGGGGACAACCUCAAGUAUAGCAGCAAGUUUGUCAAGGAGUUCCUGGGCAGGCGGUCAAGCAAGGACCUGCGAGCUCGUGUGGACUUCCACAACAACCUUGUGGGUGUAAAGGUGAUCAAAGCUGGCGUUGAGACCACCUGCAAGUGCCACGGUGUGUCAGGCUCAUGCACAGUGAGGACCUGCUGGCGGCAACUGGCGCCCUUCCAUGAGGUGGGCAAACACCUGAAGCACAAGUAUGAGACGGCACUCAAAGUGGGCAGCACCACCAACGAGGCCACUGGCGAGGCAGGCGCCAUCUCCCCACCGAGGAGCCGGGCCUCGGGGUCGGGCAGCAGUGACCCUCUGCCCCGCACCCCAGAGCUCGUGCAUCUAGAUGACUCACCCAGCUUCUGCUUGGCUGGCCGCUUCUCCCCGGGCACUGCUGGCCGCAGGUGCCACCGUGAGAAGAACUGUGAGAGCAUAUGUUGCGGCCGUGGCCACAACACACAGAGCCGGGUAGUCACAAGGCCCUGCCAGUGCCAGGUGCGCUGGUGCUGUUACGUGGAGUGCAGGCAGUGCACACAGCGUGAGGAGGUCUACACCUGCAAGGGCUGAGGGGCUCCAUUAGCACAUGGCUGGGGUGGGGUUCGUGCUUGUGCCCCACGCCUCAGCCUCCUCCUCUGACCCGAGAGCAUUGCGCCGAUGCUCUCCGAGCUGACCCUGUCCAAGCAUGCCAGGCCCCGGGUGAGGAGCAGCCCUCGGCAUGGGCACCUUUAUCACCAUGUGGCCUUCAUGCAUGUGUGGCCACCCGUGGGAGACUGGCCUGGCAUGGGCUGUCCCAACAGCAGCACUGUCUUCAGAGAGUGAAACCACUAGGAGAGGACAGAGCCCACCUGGUCCCUGGGGGCCCAGCUGCCCACAUGCCUAGGCUCAGGGGACGGUGCCCUUUCCUCUCUGACGUUGAGCACUUCUCUUUGGAGUGAAUAUCCGUGACUUUUAAAUUAUUCUUCUUAUUAUUUAACUAAUAUAAUAAUUAUUAUUUCCUCCGUCCCUGCCAUCCCCCAGGCUGCGACUCCCUUAUCCCCAAACUGCUCUCAGCUCAGCCCCAAUCUGGGAAGGCCUCUUCUUCCGUCCCUACACGUUCCCUCCUGUUUGCCUCUGAUCUGCUUUGUUGUUUGAAACCACUAAAUCAAGAUAGAUAUGUUUUUGUUGUUAAAGAAAUAAAGCAAGCUGUGUCUAGCUGCAGCCCUCGGGCCAUCGGAAGCCAGCUCCUACACCCACGUGCCAACCGUGCCGUGCUGUGCUGUGCAGUUGUCCCUGUUCCAUGCCUACGGGCACUUGACCUAGCGUCUGGGUGUCCCAGUGCAGAUUUUGCAGCUGGGGGUGGCCAAGGGAGUUGCUGCGGUGAGGGUGCAGGGCGGGUUCAUUCAUGCCACGAGGAAGCCCACACUGUCUCUGUGUCACUGGGGAGAGGCAAUGUGGGGACAGAUGUAGGUGGAGAGAGUCUUGGGCUUGGGUUUGACAGUGGAAUGUUGUUCUUUUUGGGUGUGCUGUUGUCUUUGCAGGGGAAAGGGUGGCCUAUGCUGGCCUAGUGUGUUUUGAGUGUGUGUGUGCAUGUGUGCGUGUCUUAUGAGCAUGUGUGUGCAUGCUGUGCUGGUGUGGUCAGCGGUCAGCAGGGCCAUGCCCUUCCUCAGAGCACUGGGCCAUGCUGGUCUGCGGUGUGAACAGCAGCCUCUGGCCCUGGGCUUCAUCUGGUGGGUGUCUCCAUCUGGGUGGGUUGUGGGUGUGGAUGCAGGAACUACUGAGCAAGCGGGUUCCUUGGAGCCCUGGGGUCUCCCGGAGGCUGGGGACUGUUUUUAAAAGAAAACCUAUUUAUGUGUAUGUGGAUCUCUGUUGUCCCUGUUUUAUAAUGUAUAUAGUAAAGUUUCUUCUCCUGUGGUUCAGAGAACAUCUCCAUGCAUAACUGCAUGCUGAGAAAACCGUCCCAAAGAUGGGUGGCCUCCCCAAGGUCUUGUGCCCAGAAAAGAAUGUAGGUGGCUGUGUGCAGUGGCUGUCAGAGGGAGAGGACAUUGGGUUUGUCCCUCAGUCUAAUGCAGGUUCGUCUAGGAGUUAGGGUGGCACAAACGUGUCUUCCCCAAAUAUCUGCACCUGCCGGGAUCCCCAGCAGCAGAGCCGGCCAUGUUCUCACGACAAGACUGUUGCUCAGUCACUUUUGGGUCUGUGGGAAGGCAGCAAGUCAGAGGAAGGGUAUUUUUUUAUUGAAUACCGCAUUUAGCUCUAUGUCAUAAAUAUUCAGAAAAGUAUUUUUUUAAACAAAGCAGACUGAAAAUGUCUGCUGGCUGGUUUGUCUCUAUACAGAUAUAUAUUAGAAUGUCUUGCUGAGUGAAGAAGUGACUCCCAACUAUUGGAACCUCCUGUUUAAUGUGCUUCUCUUCCUUGCAGCAGAGAGGAAGAAGUGUGGUGCAGGUGGGACAUGGAGUGCCAGGGAUGCCCCCUGUUUGGCCACACUGUGGAGCUAGGUGGUCCCAGCUGCCUUCUCCCAACUUGCGCCACUGUGGGGGAUCUGGACCAGGGCCUGCCUGUGGCCAGGUGUGGGCAGGGAGGGGCAGAUGGGAGAAGGACCCCUAUCUUUGUGCUUGGAGUCUUGUGUGAGCCGAUUGAUUUCUCUACCUCAUCUGUGUAGCUCUUAGGUGUAUACCCAAGUGACUGUGGAGAAUGUAUUUAUUUAACAGCUUUGUAUAACAGAAUUGAAACAAAUGGAAACACUAAAUAAAUGUAUUUUAAAUUAUA